AUGCUCAGUCUUCGAAAGCAUAAUCCCAUCCAUCUCCCUCUCUCUCUUUCUCUCUCCGUUGCUUUUUCCUCGCUCAUGCAACCUUGCUUUUCCUUCCCUUGGUCUUUUGGCUUUUCUUUUUUGCAAAACACCCUCCAUAAAAAGCAAAUCAGAGUUGCAAAAAGAACAAAAGCAAAAAAAAAAAAAGAAGGACAAGAAGAGAUCGAAGGGGGAGAAGGAGAAGCGCAGCAGGAGAUUAUUAGUUGGUGUUUAGAUGGACCGCGCGGAAGAAACGGACGAACCGACCAGACCAGACGACGAGACGAGAUGAGACGAGACGAGACGAGAGACGGAGAGAGGGAGUGA